AUGCGAGUGGCGUUCACGGCGUUUGUGACCAUAAAUAUGGCACUAAUUCACGACCAGAUAAUCGACGAUUUGAGUCAAGACAUCACUUAUCUAAACAAGGAGUCGCUCAGACGGGUAGUCCUUUUGGCGAUUAUCAUAACAAUCAUUUUGCAAAUCGUAUUCACCAUUAUAUUUGUCUUAUUUAUAUUACGUGAAAGUUUUGCGCCAAUACUCGUGAUGACAAUACUGUGUUUGAUUGCCUUCCUCUUCGAUGUGGGCUAUAUUGACACUCAAUUAACUCCAAUACAUAUCUGCGAACUCGUCUUCUCACUCGUCGUUAUCGUCAUUGCGUUUGGUUUCGCAUUUCUCAUCACUUCUGUCAUGAAAAGUUAUCUAGAUUUUGGGAAACCGUCGCAACUGAGCGCAGAUUAUGAGUGCAAUUCAAAGCUCAUUAAAACUUUAUUAAUUGGCUUUAAACUAAUGACCGCCGGAUUUGUAUGCGUUUACCUCUUGACCCAAAAGAGCCAAAACUACGGCCGACUGUCGCAACUGUACGUCGAUUACGGCCAUAACAUCGACGGUGUUUUGCUCGACAACUUUCAAACACUGAUUAACAUAAUGCUGUCGUAUUUGCUGUUCAUCUCUAUAGCCGUAUUCAUAUACGUUGUGUUACGCGAACACCCGAUGGGUAUCGCAUUCAUGACUGGUCUCACCAUUUGGGAGAUACUCUUCCCAUUCAUCAAACAUAGGGAUACGGUGGCCAUUGGGUCGACACAAGCGGGCGAUCAGUGCCUUAACUUUCCGUCGGGAAUACAGCGUAUGGUGAGAGGUAUUGAUGUGACAAAACUGGAUCUGUCACCGGCCGACUUGGCCCAGUCCAACGGCUUCCAGAGAGCGCUGGUCUCUCUGACCUGCAAACAGGGCAAGAAAUGGCAGCACCCGUACGACCCGAGCCUUGUGUUUGACAUUCCCGAUCAGGUCGACACCAUUAACACUCUGCCCGGCGGUGUCGACACCAUUAACACUCUGCCCGGCGGUGUCAUCAACACUAAGGCCUCCAUCAUUGAGACCUCCGAUGACUAUAAGAAGUCGAAAGCAUUUGAUUUAGGUUUGGACGCGAAUACAGUCGCUUACGGCGCCUACGCUAUCAGUGGCGGGUAUAAGAAGGCUCAGGAAGAACUGGUCAACUCUACCAAAUCAAUUGUCGAGGUGUCGGCAUUUGUGUCUGCAAUUCGCGUCGAUAUGAGUCCAUACUAUGAGAUAACGCCAAACAAAGAGUUCACAGACUUUGUGGAAAAUAUAUUACCGGAAACCUAUGCCGCAAAUCCGGCCAAAUAUCAAGAGUUUGUCGACACGUUUGGCACCCAUUACUUCGACAGCGCUUUCUUUGGCGGAUACGUUGUUGUCAGCUAA